UCUGCACUCUCAGCUCCGCGCGGCGGAGUGCAGUCACGUCUGCCGGGCUGCGGUGCCCGGCUCCACGCAGAGAUGGUGGCCUCGAGGUGCGUCACCCCCGGCGCCCGUCUGGCCCUGGCUCUGACGCGGGCGCUGGCCCUGCUGGUCGGACUGUUCCUGAGCGGCUUGACGGGCGCAGUCCCGACCCCGAAGGCCUCCUGGGGGCCUGGCGGGCCGGACCCACCCGCCUCCCGCAGCCGCUCGGUGCUGCUGGACGCCGGGACCGGCCAGCUGCGUCUGGUGGAUGGCCGCCACCCGGACGCCGUGGCCUGGGCCAAUCUCACCAACGCCAUUGGCGAGACCGGGUGGGCCUUCUUGGAGCUGCACACGGAUGGCCGCCACAAUGACAGCCUGCAGGCCUACGCAGCAGGGGUGGUGGAGGCUGCCGUGUCCGAGGAGCUCAUCUACAUGCACUGGAUGAACACGGUGGUGAACUACUGUGGCCCCUUUGAGUACGAAGUCGGAUACUGUGAGAAGCUCAAGAGCUUCCUGGAGGCCAACCUGGAGUGGAUGCAGAGGGAGAUGGAGCUGAACGAGGACUCCGCCUACUGGCACCAGGUGCGGCUGACCCUGCUGCAGCUGAAAGGCCUCGAGGACAGCUAUGAAGGCAGCGUGGCCUUUCCAACCGGGAAGUUCACCAUCAAACCCUUGGGAUUCCUCCUGCUGCAGCUCUCCGGGGACCUGGAAGACCUGGAGCUGGCCCUGAACAAGACCAAGGCCAGGCACACGCUGGGCUCUGGCUCCUGCUCCGCCCUCAUCAAGCUGCUGCCCGGCCACAGCGACCUCCUGGUCGCCCAUAACACCUGGAACUCCUACCAGAACAUGCUGCGCAUCGUCAAGAAGUACCAGUUCCAGUUCCGGGAAGGCCCCCAAGAGGACUCUCCCCUGGCUCCUGGCAACGCGCUGGCGUUCUCGUCCUACCCCGGCACCAUCUUCUCCUGCGACGACUUCUACGUCCUGGGCAGCGGGCUGGUGACACUGGAGACCACCAUCGGCAACCGGAACCCGGCGCUGUGGAAGUACGUGACGCCCGGGGGCUCUGUGAUGGAGUGGGUGCGCAACAUCGUGGCCAACCGCCUGGCCGUGGACGGGGACACCUGGGCGGACGUCUUCAGGAGGUUCAACAGUGGCACGUACAACAACCAGUGGAUGAUCGUGGACUACAAAGCGUUCGUCCCCGGGGGGCCCAGCCCUGGGAGCAGGGUGCUCACCAUCCUGGAGCAGAUCCCGGGCAUGGUGGUGGUGGCCGACAAGACCUCGGAGCUCUACCGGAAGACCUACUGGGCCAGCUACAACAUCCCGUCCUUCGAGACCGUGUUCAACGCCAGCGGGCUGCAGGCUCUGGUGGCUGAGUACGGGGACUGGUUCUCCUACGACAGAAGCCCCCGGGCCCAGAUCUUCCAGCGGAACCAGUCGCUGGUGCACGACAUGGCCUCCAUGGUCCGGCUGAUGAGGUACAACGACUUCCUGCACGACCCCCUGUCUCUGUGCAAAGCCUGCAACCCCCAGCCCAACGGGGAGAACGCCGUCUCCGCCCGCUCCGACCUCAACCCGGCCAACGGCUCCUACCCCUUCCAGGCUCUGCAGCAGCGCUCCCACGGCGGCAUCGAUGUCAAGGUGACCAGCAGGGCCCUGGCCAAGGGCUUGUGCCUCGUGGCAGCCAGCGGCCCCACGUGGGACCAGGUACCCCCGUUCCAGUGGAGCACCUCGCCCUUCAGCGGCCUGCUGCACAUGGGCCAGCCCGACCUCUGGAAGUUCUCGCCCGUCGAGGUCCGGUGGGACUGAGGCGCGGUCCCUGCCCGGCUGCCUUCCGCCCCUGCUGACCGCGGCAGGGCCGCGCCGCCUUGACCUCCUGCUCGUCCCUCCGUGGCCUUUGCCCCCUGCUGUGCGCAGAGCUGAGACCUGGGUCUCACUGUCAUCCGGGCACCCCUGGGUGGGGCACAGGGACCAGGGGGCCCAGAACUGACUCCCUCUCCCCCCAAGUGCUGUGUCUGUCUCCCUCUGCUUCCCACCCUGGGGCCCCAUCCUUAGGCCGCCCCCCUGAGGGAUCAGGGUCAGGGCCCCCAGUGGUGCUGGAGGGACAUGUUCUGGGCCUGUUGCCGGUGGCUCUGGAACUGGUGGGGUUGCAGCCCCGAGCCCUGGGCGUUACCUGUGGUUGGCGUCUCCUCCUCCGGCCCCAGCUCCUCCGCCCCUUUAGGAAGCGGCCCCCUGUCACCCCUCUGGACAGCUUUCUCAAGGACAGAAACUGGAAAACAAACAAAAACCAAAGGUUCUGGCGACCUGUGGCUGGAGGGGCCUGAGUGUCCUCGCUGGCUGGCCCCGGGGCAGACAGGAGGCAGGUCCGCCCCAGUCCCAGCCUCACGCCCCGCCCCUGCCUGGGCUCGCCCCCGGCUUCAGGCAGCCAGCGCCUUCAGUUCCCCUGCUGGGGGCACCAAGUUGAAGGCCGUGACAUCAUUAAACGGGAGAGGCCGAG